AUGAGCUCAUUGCGUGAGUCUUCAAAAAGGUCUUUAACUCCUUCUGUUGCACAUUGUGCCAGAUUUUAUGCUCUACCAAAGGUCCAUAAACCCGACAUUCCGCUUAGGCCUAUUGUUUCAAACAUUGGUACUGCUUCAUAUAAACUUGCUAAGUAUUUAGUUUCUAUCUUCUCUUCUCUUUUGGUUAGCAACUCUUUUACUGUCAGAAAUUCUGUUCAUUUUGUUCAGAAGUUACGUUAUUUUAAGCCUCAUGGUUUAACGAUGGCUUCUUUUUACGUGAAAUCACUUUUCACUAAUGUACCGGUUAUUGGUGCAUUGGAUUGUCUUAAAUUGAGACUCCAAGAGCAUCAUUUUUCUAGUUUUGAGAUUGAGGAACUCGUUUCACUUACUCGUGUUUGUCUUGAACAGAAUACUUUUGUGUUCAAUGGUACUUACUUUCGAAUGUCUGAAGGUUUAGCAAUGGGUAAUCCUUUGAGUCCUAUUUUAAGUGACAUUUAUAUGCACUAUUUUGAGACUAAACUUUUUGAAACCAUAACGUUUCCGUUCUAUGUUCGGUACGUUGACGAUUGCUUUGUUUUGCUUGACCAAAACAAAGUUGAUAAUGAAUUUUUACUUUAUACUUUAAAUUCUAUCGAUCCUUGCAUCCAGUUCACUAUUGAAAUGGAAACUGAUAGUUCUCUUUCAUUUUUGGACGUCUUUAUUACUAAAAGUAAUGAUGAAUUUAUGACUUCGGUGUUUCGUAAGCCUUUUGCUGUUACACUACCUCCUCACAAAUGUUUCUCAUCCUCCAAACCAAAAGUUGGCCUCAUUCAAGGCUUUUGUGUUCCGUGCUUUGAACAU